GCACAUACCAAGCGGCGCUGGGAGCUACACAGAAUGAGGAGAGCUCCAGCGGUGACGGAAAGGAUACUCCCGCAUCUGCGGCGGGAAGUCAUCCGAUGAACCAGACAAAGGUCACCGGGGAGGACAAACCCACAGAAAGGGGAGCGGAACCAGUCGGAGCAUCACAGCUGGAUGCUACCAUUAGCGGAACGCAUGAGCAGGAUAAAAAUGUGAACCUGGCUCAAGUGGAAGAGAGAAACACAAAGGUCACCGAAGAGGGAUUGACUGAAUUGGGAUUGGAUGACCUUUCAUUGAAUGAGAAAGCGGCAGAUGAUGACCUUUUUGCAACUCCAAUGGUCUCAGAUGAAUCCAACGAGUCAUACUUCACAGAUGAUGACGCAACGAUGAAUAUGUCCUUUCAAACUGCAAUGAAAGAGGCUGACCGAGCAGAAGAAGUGACCCCGUUUAAGGAUAUCCCCGAACAUUUAAUUGACCGGACACAGAAUGGAAAGGUUAUCAAUGUACGACCACAGUCACCAAACAGUCCUACGUUAACUCUUAGGAGACGCGUAAGGGAGCUGGAAAAUGAACUUGAUGCCACUGAACGUCAUGCGGACAAGCGGAAACAGGAGUAUCGAGAUAGAUUAUCGACACUCGAAACUCGCUUAUUCGAAUUGGAACAGCAACAGGGUGACCUCCAGAGCUCCGCAGACGGUUGGAAAGUCAAAUACGAGCGACAAAAGGAAAUUGCAGAAGAGUACCUAAAGAUGGCAGAUGACAGAGAAAUGGAAGGUCAUCUCGCCGUCAGUGACCUUAAUGAAAGCAUGUCAGAGGAAUCAGCAGAAAGGUCACGGCACUUAGCGGAAUUGAAGGACGAGUGUGACCAGUUGCGUCAAAAGGUCACUGAAGCUGAAACUAAACGGGACGAGUACGCGACCAAAUUCGCAGAGGUCACACAACGGUUGACAACACUGGCAACGGAGACGUUCAAACUAAGGAAUGACUUGAAGCUACGGGAGGAGGCUGUCAGUACUCUGCAACUCGAAUCGAAAGGUCAUCAGGAACGGGCUGACGAAGCUGAAAAGUCGCGCAAUGAGGCAAUCAAGGCGAUGCGAGAGGCAAGCUACAUUACAGCCACUGAAGGAGCACGCCUGAAAGAAGAAAUCAAAAAGGUCAACCAGGAGAACGAAAAGGUCACAGAAGACAUUGAAAAGUUCACUAAGGAAGGACUCAAAUGGCAGAAGGAAGCACGGCGACUGGACACAAUGGUCACAACAUUGGAGCUGAAGGACAAAGAGUGGCAACAACAGGUCGCUCAAAAGAGUCAGGAGAUUGCAAAGCUGAACACUGACCUCGUCGAGAUGACCACCACAGCAUUGGCAAAAGAUGAUGAGUUGAUCGCAAUCAAGGAUCAGCUGAGAUCAGCCGCUGGGCAGUAUCAGCAACUCGAAAAUGAAACGAGUGAGCUGGUCGAGCACAUCAAAAAGAUGGAACAGGAAAAUGAAAAGGUCACCCAGCAGGAGUCUUUUAAAUUGCACGAACACUUACGAAAGGUCAACCUGGAAAAUUCUGAUCUAAAGAGAGAAAGAGAAGAACUUCAACUGAGAACUAAACGAUUGGAAGAUGAGAACAAGGCACUCCAAACGUCAGUCAAACAUAAGGACGAACAACUCCUGCAAUAUGGAGUGAAGACGGCAACAGUGGAGUCUCCCCCGCCCAGUUACAGCAAGGCGCAUGAAACGGGCACGGGCAAAAGCUUCCAUUUUGAAAUGCCCUUACGGACUGGCACUGGCAGAGGAAAUGUCAAAGCAGAACAAGACGGUGAAAAGGUCAAAGACGAUAAGGAUAAGGAACCACCAUCAGGUUAUUCACACUCGAGCCGAGGUGAACCUUCACAAUUCCCCCCACAUAUCGAAGUUAACGCGUUCAUCGACGAAGGGCGACGGGACAGACCCCCUAGUCGACAGGAGCGUCCGAGGAAAUCCCGCUACGCAAAGCAGAGGCGAAACCAAAACGAUGAUGAGAGCAGCGAAGAAGAAGACAACUUGAGAGGGGGGUUCGCUUUAGCGAAAGCGCUUGAUUCCAUGGCCCGGAAAACGCCUUUGAUGACCUUUGAUGGCAGCCGUGACACCGUCAAUGGUUGGACAAGAUUGGUGAAAGAAACCCAGGAUACCUACCAGCUUACUGAUAAGCAAAUAAUGAUUGAAAUAGCCACCGCAGUAAAAGGGCCGGCCAAAGGUUGGUUCGAAGGAGAAAAGGACAUAGCAUCAGAAGACGGAAUUGAGUACACAGUCAAAGAAUGGAUGGAGAAAUUCAAAGACGAGUACGGUGACCGAGACGAAGAAGUCUUGGGCUUACGAGAGGCCUAUGCGAGGAAGUUCGAACUCGGAAAGGAAUCACUUGACCAGUACUACCAAGCGAUGAUGCGAUUCAAAGCAAAGAGAAUCAUCACUGAGAAGCAGGCAGUUGGCUUCUUAAUCGAGGGAUGCAAAGGAGACAAUGAACUCUAUAAGGCAUUGCGCAUACAAAAGUGUAAGACGCCGACUGAUGUAAAGGACUUUUCCGACACUGGGCAACAGGAGAUGAAAAGUACAAGGCGCCAAAAGGUCAACGUAAUCAGGAAUACGUGA